AUGACACAGCUGCUUCUGUUCAUUGUGAUUCUCCUGGUCCUGGGUCAUGUGCCACCAGGGAGAAGUGAAUUCAAACGGUGCUGGAAUGGCCAAGGGGCCUGCCGAACUUACUGUAUGAGGCAAGAAUCCUACAUGCACCUGUGCCCGGAUGCCUCCCUGUGCUGUCUUGCCUACACACUCAAGCCUCCGCCGCCACCCAAGGCUGAAUAUGAGUAGC